AUGUCGUGGCUCACUUGGGCCGCCGCCCCCAUCCUCAUCGCCGCGCUGUGGGUUUACACGGUCCAUAUGAGCCGCUCGCUGCCGACACUCGAGGGCAAGCGCAUCGCGCUGUUGAUCGCGCACCCAGACGAUGAGGCUAUGUUCUUCGCGCCCACGAUCCAGGCCUUGACGCGCCCGGAGCUGGGGAACCAUCUCAAGAUCCUAUGCCUGUCGAGUGGUGACGCCGACGGCCUGGGCGAGACGCGCAAGCAAGAGCUCCUGAAGAGCGGCAUGCUGCUGGGGCUACGGAGCGAAGACGACAUGCUCGUCAUUGAAGACGACAACUUCCCCGACUCGAUGAGCGUGACGUGGAACCCGAAGCUCCUCUCGAACCUCCUCGCCAAAGCCUUCGCGCCCAACAUCAGCACGACGCCGACGACGCGCCCCCCGGCCGCGACCAUCGACGUCAUCAUCACCUUCGACGCGGGCGGCGUGUCGGGCCACCCCAACCACCGCUCGCUCUACCACGGCGCCCACGCCUUCCUCAAGACCCUCAUGCAGCGCCACUCGGGCUGGGACUGCCCCAUCAAGCUGUACACCCUGACGUCGGUCAACAUCGCGCGCAAGUACGCCAGCGUGCUGGACGCGCCCAUGACGGUGCUGAGCGCCCUGGUGCAGCGCAAAGAUGCGGCCGGCGCGUUCCCCUCGCCGUUGAUGUUCGUGAGCGGGCCGCAGCAGGUGCGGACGGCGCAGGGAGCUAUGGUCAAGGCGCACAAGAGCCAGAUGGUGUGGUUUCGAUGGGGGUGGAUUGGAAUUGGGAGAUACAUGGUCAUGAAUGAUCUGAGGAAGGAGAAGGUGGGUUGA